UAUAUGCCAUCGUUACGAUGAGAUUACGGACAGAAUCACAAGCAAGCUGAGUACCACAGAGGAGCUGGUAGAGUUAAACCAGUACCUGAGACACACAAGUGAAGUCACCGUACACAAACUCCGCCAUGAGAUUGAGGAAGCUGUCAAGAGACUCGACUUCCUGCUCGACUACGCCACUCUUCCAGAGGAGGAUAUGAAGUUGUUCAGCACUUUGAUCCACUGGCCUGAACAGAUUCUGUCUUUAAUUGAAGUCAGUAAGGAUAAACUGAACAAUCAGAAAGAUCAGGCUGAGAUCGAUCUGAUGAAAAGAAUAGGGAAGUUGGAAGAGACAAUGAAGGGCCUGGAAAAAGAGGUGGACAUCUUUAAGAUGAAAGAAAAGAUGACUUUGGAGGAGAGCAAGAUCAAUGUGGAGAAACUCAAUAAGAUCAGCGUCAGCCUGGAGGCCGCUGUCAAAGAGAUAGAGGUAGAGGUGUUGUCUGUGGUCGCCCAGCAGAUUUUGAGUAUUCAGCAGGCCAUAAUGCGAAACAUGAAGACGUUUAUGUUCGAGGGAACCGAGCUCUCUCUCAAUCCGACCUGCUGUGUGUUUAUCACCAUGAACCCAGGAUACGCAGGCAGAGCAGAGCUGCCUGAUAACCUGAAAUUGGGCUGGAUGCCUCUGAGAGACUCCUACAUGAACACAUUACCUGAGACCCUGGCAGAUGAGCACAGAACCCUGAUUACUGAUCUCUUUAACUGGCUGGUUCAACCUUGUUUGGACUUUAUUUACCAUGAGUGUGGAUUCUUAGUUCAGACAUCACCUAUUCACCUGGCCUAUAGUCUGAUGCGCCUGUAUACCUGCCUACUAGAUGAGAUUUUUCAGUCAGGACAGGAAGGAGCAGAAUCUAUGACGAGUCAGCAGGUGACGCUGUGGCUUCAGGCCCUGUUCGUGUUCGCUGUGGUCUGGAGUUUGGGAGGAACCAUCAAUGGCAACAGCAGGAAGAAGUUUGACAUCUUCUACCGAAACCUUAUCAUGGGCACAAACACCGAUCACCAGCGACCCCAGAGUGUGAAACUCACCAAGAGCAACGUGUUCCCAGAGAGAGGCACCGUCUAUGAUUAUUAUUUCCAUAAGCAGGGUCCCGGUCAGUGGAACAACUGGACCGAAUCCAUCACUAAAGAAGACAAAGUCAUACCUGCCGGCACAAAAGGUCCCGGUCAGUGGAACAACUGGACCGAAUCCAUCACUAAAGAAGACAAAGUCAUACCUGCCGGCACAAAAGUGUCUGAUCUUAUCAUACCCACGGCAGAAACGUCACGCCAGCUCUUCUUCCUCAGGACGUAUCUGUCACAUGAGGUGCCCAUACUAAUCGUGGGACCCACAGGAACCGGAAAGUCUGUGAUCAACAACAACUUCCUGAUGUCGCUUCCCAAGGAGCGCUACACUCCCAUCUGCAUCAACUUCUCCGCCCGGACCUCUGCCAACCAAACCCAGGACAUCAUCAUGUCUAAGCUGGACCGCCGCCGCAAGGGCGUGUUUGGGCCACCGAUGGGGAAGAAAUGCAUCAUCUAUGUUGAUGAUCUGAAUAUGCCUGCAAAGGAGAUAUACGGUGCUCAGCCGCCCAUUGAACUGCUGCGCCAGUGGAUCGAUCAUCAUCAUUGGUAUGAUAAAAAAGACACGUCCAGACUGGACAUUGAGGAUGUUCUGUAUAUGUCUGCUAUGGGGCCCCCUGGUGGAGGGAGAAACGACAUUACAGGUUGGGAAGGUGAUAAACUAAUCCGUUUAUGGAUCCAUGAGGUGUAUCGCGUGUUUUACGAUCGACUGAUUGAUAAUGACGACAGAGAGAAAUUUUUUAACAUUGUUAAAGAAAGGACAGCAGAAUAUUUCAAACAAAGCAUCGAUAAG